GAAACAGUAUUAUAGAUGGUAACGUAUCUCCAGUUGUGGAACGUGUCUUAAGAAAUCCUAAUUCACUUUGAAUUUUUAUCUUGUGGUGAUGUGAUACCGCGCUUGCCUAUAUAAAGUACACGCAUCAUCAAUAUCAAAAGUCACAACAAUUUAUCAAAAAAAAAAAAAAUCUUUUCUUUUAUUCCCUGAAAUUGCGAGGAACGAAGUUGCAAGUAUGAGUCCUGUGGCUGAUAACAAAUGGGUUAAGGUGGGUCAGAAAGGAGCUGGUCCAGGACCAAGAAGCUCACACGCCAUCACCGUGGUCGGGAACAAAGUCUAUUGCUUUGGCGGCGAGCUUAAACCGACGAUCCACAUCGACAACGAUCUCUACGUUUUCGAUCUCGACACUCAAGAAUGGUCCAUCGCCCCUGCAACAGGGGACGCUCCUUUCCCCUGUUUCGGGGUCUCCAUGGUCCCGAUCGGCACCACCAUCUACGUCUACGGCGGCCGCGACGACUCUCGCAAAUACAACGGCUUGCACGCCUACGACACGGUGGCGAACAAGUGGGAGUUGCUGUCUCCCGUCGAGGAAGGGCUUCCCGGUCGGAGCUACCACUCUAUGGCCGGCGACGACCGGAAAGUUUACGUCUUUGGUGGUGUUACGGCCAAGGGGCGUGUGAACACGCUGCAUGCUUACGACGUGGUUGAUCGGAAGUGGGUUGAGUAUCCGGCGGCUGGGGAGGCUUGUAAAGGGAGAGGAGCGCCGGGGCUUGUGGUUGUGGAUGGGAAAGUUUGGGUCUUGUUUGGUUUUGACGGUAAUGAAUUGGGUGAUAUCCAUUGUUUUGAUUUGGUUAGUGGUCAGUGGACCGCCGUGGAGACUACCGGGGACGUGCCUCCGGCGAGAAGUGUGUUUCCGGCGGUUUCUUCCGGGAAGUAUAUUGUGAUAUACGGUGGUGAGGAGGAGCCGCAUGAGCUGAUGCAUAUGGGAGCUGGGAAGUUGUCUGGAGAUAUUUACAAGUUUGAUACGGAGACGUUGGUGUGGGAGAAGGUUGUUGAUGGUACUGAGGAAGGGAAGAACCCGUGCCCGCGUGGGUGGUGCGCGUUUGCUGUUGCGGUGGUGAAUGGUGAGAAAGGGUUGCUGGUUCACGGUGGGAAUAGUCCGACCAACGAGAGGCUUGAUGAUAUGGUGUUUUGGGGUUUCUAGUUGUCUUAAUGUCAGUUAUCAGUAGUUACGUUGUGGCUUUGUCGUAUGUAAACUGCUUAGUCUGUGGUGAUGUUUAAGGAGGUGUUUAGUAUGUGAUAAUUUGAUACCUAUCCCUUAAUAUUUUAUUAAGUUUGGUGUUUAAAUAAUAAAGAUCUUUGUUGUGAA